GAGGUGCCCCUCAGAGAACUGAUCCCAGGUCAGUUUGGAACCCCCAAACCGAUCUGGAGCCAGCGCUCGGGAUCCUGAACAGCUGAUCCCGCGUCAGUUCACCACAACACCCUAAACUACGCAUUUUGUGAACGCCGUCACAGGAUAAACACAGACGGCUAGGUGGGAGCUAGCAUGCUGCGGAGUUGACCCGUACGUGCUGGAGCCAUCCUCCGGGCUCGACGCCGCUCCCCGCACCGCCAUGAGCGCUCCUCGGUUCGCCUAAAUGGCCGCUCGUUGUUCGGGGCAGCGACGCCCCGCGGCUAGCUCGCUGUAGCUCGGAGCCCCGGACCCAGACCGCCAGACGUCCUAAUCCGCUCCGCUCCGCGGGCGGAGGUGAGACUGCGAACCGGCCCCGCUCGGAUAAUGCAAGCGAACCCAACGCGCGGCUUCCUGUGGUCGGACGUGGAGACGCGGACGCUGCUGACCAUCUGGGGGGAGCAGGACAUUCAGACGGCGCUGGAUGGAAACUUCCGAAAUAGCUUCGUGUACCGCGAUGUUUCCCGGAGGCUGGGGGCGAUGGGCUUCGAGAGGACGCCGGAACAAUGCCGGGUGCGGAUAAAGAGCCUGAAGAGACAGUACCUGCUGGCCAAGGAGGGCAACCUGCGCAACAACGGACAGUACCACAAGAUCUGCAAGUUCUACGACAUCAUGGAGAGGAUCCUGACCGGCCCGGCCGGACUCGACCCCCGGGAGUUGAUGGAGUGCGGGGCGGCUGGGGAGGAGGCCGUGGACGGCUUGGAGGAGGAUGGAGAGGACGUCCAGGACGUUUACUCCGAGAGCACCGGAGAGUGUCCUUACCCCGCGGAGACCGAAGUCAAGCUGGAAUACCCCACUGUCCCCAUCCCCAUCCCCGUUAAAGUGACAGUGGGUAACAGCAGUGCUUCAGUCAGACCUCACACCAGCAGCCAUUCAGCCAGUCACUCUUCUGCCAGAGCGCCUAAACGCCCCCGCAAGCGGCGCGCCAACUUCCCCAUGGAGAAGCUGAUGGAGCAGUUCCUGGAGCAGAGCGCCCAGGCCGAGGACGGCUUCUACCGCAUGGAGGAGCAGCGCUUACAGGCCGAGGACCGCCGCCGCGAGGCCGAGCACGCCCGAGAGCUGCACAUGCUGCAGAUGCUCGGCCAGAUGUUCGCCAGCAUCUCUUCUUCCAGGCCCGGCUCUGCAGCCACUCCCUGCAAGACGGCGCCUCCUCCUCCUCCUCCACCCACCGCUGCCCGCGCUCCCGUCAUUUCCUCCGCCUCACUGUCUCACACGCGAGACCUGUCCGGCCACCUCAAACGCCGUUCGCCACAGACAGACUGUUUGAGCCAACACACACAGCUGUUGAGCACAGAUCCUCAGACAUUAGUGCUUGAACGAUACUACGCUUUGGGAUCCACAUCUCAUAAAGGCAUGGAGGAUGACAUCCUUUCACUAGUGAAGACCAUAAUCCCUCCGCUGACUUCCAAAAAGCACAAAGGACAAGACGGCCGAAUCGGGAUCAUCGGAGGAUGCCAAGACUACACGGGAGCUCCAUACUUUGCUGCCAUCUCUGCACUGAAAGUGGGAGCCGACUUGUCCCAUGUGUUCUGUACCAAAGACGCCGCGACUGUGAUCAAAUCCUACAGCCCUGAACUCAUCGUUCACCCCGUUCUGGACAGUCCCAAUGCAGUGGAAGAAAUAGAAAAAUGGCUACCAAGACUGCACGGCCUUGUGGUGGGACCAGGUCUGGGAAGAGAUGACUUUUUGUUGAAAACAGCCAAGGAGGUGAUCGAGAGGUCUAAAGCAAGAGAUAUCCCCAUCGUCAUUGAUGCAGAUGGAUUAUGGCUGGUUACACAGCAGCCAUCUGUUAUUCAAGGGUACCAGAAGGGCAUCCUCACACCGAACUUCAUGGAGUUCACCCGCCUCUACGAAGCUCUGCACCAUGAGCCCAUGGACAGCAGCGAUCACCAACGCGGCGUCCUGCAGGUCAGCGCUGCCAUGGGAAACCUCACUCUGGUGCUGAAGGGAGAGCAGGAUCUCAUUACAGAUGGCAGCAGGGUGUUUUCAUGCAGUGUGGAGGGCAGCGGGAGGAGGUGUGGUGGACAGGGGGAUCUCCUCUCUGGAUCUAUGGGAGUGCUGGCUCACUGGGCCCACACGGCCUCCACAGCAGGGACGGUCAGGAGUGUGAACCCGUCGGUGGUUGCAGCGUUCGGCGCCUGCUCUCUGACCAGACAGUGCAACAGUCAGGCUUUCCAGCAGCACGGCCGCUCCACCACCACCUCAGACAUGAUCCAGGAGAUCGGCUCAGCCUUCAAGAAGCUAUUCGAAAGCUGAAAACGGUCAACAAUCAAUACUGUUGUAAAAAGUUAUAUAUGCCUAAAUUUGUAUUCCUAACAUAGGGUUUUUUUUUUUUUUUUUUUUUUUUUUUGGUUUGCCUAGGAGAAAAUGCUCUCAUUGAGCUGUUCUGACGUAAAGUUUGAAUGUGGACAAAGGUGUUCCUUCUAAAAAAGCACUAAGAAUCAGGUGUAAAAUGUACUCUUAUGUUUUUAUUGAAGUGUGAUAACUGAAUCAAGCACAGCAUUCCUCUCAAGUAGUAUUAGGGGUGCAUUCAGGUAGCCAGACUCUUCACUGCUCACCAAAGAGACAGAGUGUAAAAUGAAGCAAACCUGUCUUUCAAAUAAAGAAUAAACAGGAUUCUGUGUGACAGGUUUUUU